AUGAUCACCGAUGAAAGCAGAUUCAAUUUUAAUAUCCUCUACACUUUACGCUGUGCAAUCCAAUCUGAUAAUCUUCCACAAGUCAUCAAUAUCUUAAACUCAAACCCUACUUUUUGUCCAGACAACUAUUUAAUGGGCAGUUGUUCAACAUUUCAUUAUGCAUGUAGUGAAGGUGCAAAAGAGUGUCUCAAUUAUUCUUACUUUAAAAUAAUUUUUUAUUUUUUUUAAAAAAUAUUUUUAAUAAAGUUUUAUUUCCUUAAUUAUACUGAUUUAUUUUAAAUAAAAUUGAUUAAAAUCUUAUAAUUUGAAAAUAUUAUUUAUUAUUUUAAUCAGAAUAAAUCAGCAUAUUUUUUAAAAGAUUGCCAUUGCAACCCGAACUCAAUAAGUUCUCCUUAUGGAAUGACCCCAGCCCAUUUAACUGUAAUACACGGCAAAAAAGAACUCUUAGAAAUGCUUCAUGAAGCCAACGCCAAUUUACGAAUAGAAGACAGCCAAGGCGAAAAUAUUUUACAUAAAGCCGCACUCAGAGGCGAUAUUGAGCUUGCUCAAGAACUACUAGAAAAAUACAGCCUAAAAGACCUAUUAAUAAAGCCUGACAAUCGAGGAGUUUUGCCUUGCCAAGGCUUAAAAGAAUUAAUGGCUAAAGGAAUGCACCCAAAGCUGCUCACAAAAGAUCGGGAAAAGUCUAUGAAUGAGUUAGAAAGCUUACUGCAUUAUCUUAAUGUAGAAACCUUAUAUAUUCAGAACUGGAACGCUAGGAAGAAUGCGCUUUUUUUGAGACUUUUAUUAAGACAACAGUUAGUCUAA